AUGAAUAACAAGUUUCGUUACUUGAUUUUCUUGAUCAUUGUACUUUAUGGCAAUAAUAUCAGAGUAUUUUCAGGCAAUGUACCAGGCAUUGCUGUAUCGCCAAUUCGAAUUGUAGACGGUUUUACACAAUACUCAGGUAGAAUAGAAAUCUACCAUGCAAAUAAAUGGGGAUCGAUCUGCAGUAACGGAUGGGGAAUAAAAGAAGCUAAUGUUGCAUGUCGGCAAUUAAAUUAUGCGAAAGCAAUGUCUGCAAAAGCUUCAUUGCGACAAGAAUCUCUAUCAAAACAAUCAUGGACAGGAUUUAUAGCUUGUCAAGGCAAUGAAAUUGCCCUUUCUCAAUGCGAGCAAUCGCAGUGGAUUAUUUCUGCAGAAUGUACAAGCCAAAGUAACGCACGUAUUUCAUGCGAAGCGACUGCAGAUAAUCCCCUGAAUUGUAUCUUUGAGCAUGGAUUUUGCAGUUGGAAGCAACCUAAGAGAAACUAUAAAAUGGAUUGGCUGUGGACGGAUAGUAAUCACACGCCAUUAAACAAAAAGUUCUCAGGACCCCAUAUUUUUUUAAAUACUUUAUAUGGCAAUGAUGAAGAAGAAGCAACUCUACGUAGUCCAUUAUUGAUGACUCCUUAUCAAAGAAAUAUAACUGUUACCUUCAAUUACCACCAAUCUAAGAUAAUUAGUGGAGCAUUCACGGUUGAAGUUUUUACAAAAGUAUCUCAAAAAAUAUGGCAAGCUGAUAAGGCAUCACCACCUGAUGACAUUCAGCAAAGGAAAGUCGUUUUUCAAGCCCCAGCAAAGCAUUUCAACGUACAAUUCAAAUUUGUAAAAGGACGAAAAUCGACCGGUGUUAUCAGUAUGAACGCAAUCAAGAUCCAAGGAUGUCGUGAAGCAUCAAAAGCAAUUUAUGACGAAGACGAUGACUCUAUGGCAAUGGGAUUCGGAUUAGCUGCGCUCGUCUUCGGCCCAGUCGUUAUAUUUUUUUGUUGGAGAUAUCAUACAAAAAAACAGGACGAGAUUGCUGAAGCUAAUACUUUAGCAAAGCAAGUUCGCACACAUCAAAAUCAAACAAGCCAACCUAGGAUCCGAAAUAGUAGCGGUGGAAAUCCUACUGAAAGUCUUCAGCCCCUAUUAAAGGAAAAUGCAACUGAUGAUCGACAGGAUUAUAGUACAAGUCAAAAGCUUCAUGAUUCAGAAUCACAAGAUGAAGCAGAUGAAGCUGCUAGCUGGCUAGAAUAG